AUGGCUGUGGCUUUCACCCGUGUCUCCCUGUGGCUUUGGGGGGCUGGAGGCGCCAAGGACCACCACCGCGAGCCCCCCUCCUCCGCCGGUUCCCCCAUGAACGCCUCACCCGACUUCGGCUUCCGGGAUCUGGAGAACAACAUCAAGCACCCUCAGGGGAAGGGAGCCAAGAUGAGGUCGGCCAGACCCCGUCGAAAGUGGCAGAGCAGGGAGGAGCGGUGGAGGAAGGUGGACCGGGAGUUCGACGUCGUCUUGGUACCGUCGGACGGCGGCGGGUGCCUCUCCGGGUCGGAUUCCGACGACUCCGACUGGUCCAUCGGCUGGCUGGAGCCGCACGCCCCCGACUUCUUCAGCGACGGAGGAGGCUACGAGUCGGAGGUGGAGACCAGCUUCGCCGUCCUCGUCCCCUGCUACGGCCGCGGCCGCAACGAGAGGGCCGGCGAGGGCCCUUCCUACAAUAACCGCGUUCUCACCGCCGCUGACCUCACUGGGGGGUUCCUUUCCGGUGAGUCCUCCUCCCCAUCGCCCCUCCCUGUCCGACCUGGUCGGUUUUGAGAUGCCCACAUCUCUUGCUUCUUUGGAUCUCUACCUUCUUUGGAUCUCUACCUUCGUCCAUCUUCCUCGCAGAAGCCUCCCCCCUCCCUCUGAUUCAGAUGAGUUUUUUUUCCCCCCGGCCACCAUUGCAGCAUCUUUUUUUUCCCUCUUUACCUGUUUGUCGUCGUCACGCACUGAUCUCUGACUUCAUGGAUGGGUUUCGCCGCCGGACUUGGGUUUGCGGCGGAGAAAUAUCAUCGAUGUUGCGGGUUCUCCGUUUCUGAUCCUGACGACCCCCACCGGGCAAUUGUCUUUUUUUUCUGCGCAGAGGGAAACAACCAGUAUGUGGAACAGCUGCUCUCUACUCUACACAGCAGCUGA